AAAAAAAAAAAGGAAACGUGCUUCGGGUGUGUUUUGGUGGAAAUUCUGCUUUCCCAGCAAGGAUCCGGUGGGAAAGGUUUUGCAAAUGAGCGCAAGGCUUGUGAGUCUGUUGCUGCGGGGCGUCCACAGCUCUUCUACACGCUUCAGGGGUUUUGCUGCGUCGGCCUCAGCGCAGUCCUACGAUAUGAGAAGAGUCGAAAUCACUCCACUGGAGCAACGGAAACUCAACUUCGACACCCAUCGACUUGUGCGAGAUCUAGAAGCCCAUGGGUUUGCAAAAGAACAGGCUGAAACAGUCGUCUCGGCAUUGAUGAGUUUGUCAGCGGUCAGCCUAGAUACCGUCUACAAGGAUAUGGUGACGCAAGCCCAACAGGAAAUAACUUUGCAGCAGAUCAUGUUUCAACUGGAUUCCAUUCGCAAGGACAUGGUAAUUCUUGAGAAGAGCGAAUUUGCCAAUUUGAGAGCAGAAAACGAGAAAAUGAAAAUUGAAUUGGAUCAAGUUAAACAUCAACUAAUGAACGAAACUAACCAGAUCAGAGCUGAAAACAAGCUGGACAUCAACUUGGAGAGAAGCCGAGUGACCGAUAUGUUCACGGAUCAAGAAAGAAAGCUGAUGGAAGCCUCCACAGAAUUUCAUAAAAAAGAUUCCAGCACCAACAGUUCCCUGACGGAAGUCAACAAUAAAAUAGAUGCUGAGAUUGCCGCUCUCAAAACACUCAUGGAGUCGAAUAAGCUGGAAACCAUCCGGUACUUAGCAGCUUCUGUUUUCACCUGCCUUGCCAUUGCUUUGGGAUUUUAUCGAUUUUGGAAAUAAGCCUACCAAUGGGAAGAAGAAAAAAAAGGAAGAAAAACACGCCUCAUUGGACACCUCCAACAUAUCUGAGAUAAUAUCUUCGGGUUGAUCCUUUUUCAGCAUUCUUUCAACAUCCAGUGAUCUGUCUUCCAUCCCUCUGGACAGAAUAGCUCAAUUUGUGCCUCAUUGGAGACUUGUAGAGGGUGAUCUAUUGGAGCCCAAGAGAUCUAUGGAAAACUAGAAAAGGGAGGUAAAAGAUUAACGAUCCAAAAGUUGCAACCGGCUAUCGUGUCAUGUACUACAGCUGGUUUUCUCUUCUCCAGCCUGAUCCUCUUAGCCUUCCUCCUUUGCGUUGAAUCUUCCUGCAGUUGAGUUGGGACCGUAGCUUUGAGAAUUCAGAUUGGCUGUGAAUUUACACCGUUGUGCUCCAAACAUAUCCGGAAGGUCCCAACAGCAGAACAUUGGUUUCCGUGAGCAAGGGUGUUCACGAGAGCUGCUGGCAGAGAAAUUUCUUCCCAUCAGGUGUUCCACUGCCCUCAUACAUAACACCACUAGAGAUUAUGUCUCACUUGACAUGAGAAAACCAACCCACGGAGAAUGUUCAAAAACUGGUUUACCCUUGAUGUCUAAGGUGACUGAAUGUAUUGCCAAAAAAAAAAAAAAUUCCCCUGCAGAACACGUAACACUACUUUUAUUUCAUUCUUGAUUGGAAAUCUAGGCCCUUUCUAGAUUAGUAUUCUCAGGAUGGCAUAGCUUUCAAAUGCAUGGACUUCAACUCCCAGAAUUCUCUUAACCUCCUUGACUUUUGCUGGGAAUUCUGGGAACUGAGAAGCAUGCAUCUGAAGAGACUAUAACUUAGCCACCCGGGGUCCCUUAUAUAGGGGAGAUAGGUGACAGAAAAAAAUUAAAUAUAUAAUAGUUUCAGAAAAGGCUGAAAGAUCUGGGACCGUGUUUUUCAACCUUAGCAACUUUUAAGAUGGGUGGACUCCAACUCUCAGAAUUCUUCAGUCAGCCAUGCUGGCUGGGGAAUUCUGGGAGUUGAAGUCCACUCAUCUUAAAAGUUGCUAAGGUUGAAAAACACUGAUCUGUGAUAUCUUUCAGUUCUGUUCUCUACCAGUUGUUGGCUGAAACUAACUCUGGGACCUUUUGAGGUGCUUUAUCACUAAAUCUUGGCCUUUUUCAGGUAAGCAAAAACAAAUAAAAAUAAAACAAGGUGCCUUUUAAAGUUUAGCUUAGCACUGUUUAUAAGGAAUGCCAGAGCAUUUAUUUUCAGAUUGCUUCAGUCUCUAAAUUCUCUUUUGUGGUCA